CAAAGCAGUUUGUCUUUCAGAAGAAAGUCAUACCAACGUUAAAAAUGUUUCUUCUGACAGUAUUAGCAUGCAUUACACUCUCCCAGGCCAGUCAAUUACUUUAUGGUGCUUAUCCUUACGCUCGUCCUUACCGAGCCGGAUACUACGUCAGGGAACCUCAUCGUCACGAACAUGCUGAAGUAGUUAGAGAUCACGGUGGUGCUGUUGCAGGUCGAUACGGUUACCUCGAUGCCAGGGGAAUCGGACGACAGGUACACUACGUCGCUGACCACGCCGGGCUUAGGGCUAAAUUACACACCAAUGAACCAGCAGUCGUCCACAAUGCACCACUCGCAGCUGGUAUUGUCUCUGAUGGUCUUCUCGCUCGUGGUGUAGCUGCUGCAGUUCCUUCCUAUAAUCCAGCCCUCGGUUACGAUUAUGGAUUGAAUCCAUAUGGUUUGGCAUACAACAGAUUGGGUCUUGGAUAUGGCUAUGGAAGUGCUUUGGGAUACACUGGUCUUCUGGGCAGCUAUCCAAGUCUCUAUGCUUAAUUUUUUUAAAUUUCUAAUCAAAACGAAUUUGACCGCACCAAUUGAAAAUUUGAUGAUUGUAUUUUUGAAUAUAAAUUUCAUUGGAUUUUUGACUUUCUUGAAAUAUUUUCCCACCAUUCAUGUAAAAAUGUUCUUUACCAAAUUGAAUG